AGUCAUGUUUACAUAAAACACCAAAGAGAUCAUUGAGUAGGAAAUCCCGAAUACCUACUUUCAGCUCUCCUGUUAAUGACACCGAUGUACAGCAAGAGAUCUUUUGGGAUCCUCAUUCACCAAUUACACACAGACUAGGCACUGGGAAAACCAAACAGUCUACCAGUAGAUGUGCAGUAGAAAUCUCGGACAUUGUUAAUCGUAUUGCUCCUCAGGAUGAAAAAGCAGCCUGUAAUGAAGGCUCCCUUUUAGGGACAUGGAUUGGUGAGGAUGCUAUUCCUUGUACACCUGGAGUAGUAAAAGUGCGAGCUAGGACAAAGUUAAGUUGUACAAGAGAUCUUAAAAUUAAAAAUCCUGAAGAGGAACUCAUGAAAUUGGCGAAGGAAUUUGAUAAAAACCUAGUAGAGCUAGAUGCUGUUCAGGAACAAGAGAAGCUUGGUCAUGACGUCAUCCAGACUGCCUCAGAGUCUUUAAAAGAUGAAGUAAAUAGGAAGAACCUGAAAUCACUCCUCGGUGAAGUUUCUGAAGCAGAUACUGCUCUGUCCCUGAAACCAGUUGGACAGAGCACCGGCAUCCCUGCUGCAGAGCCCUGUCAGUCUAGCAGUCAGAAAUCUGUAGACCUUGAGGCUGAAGUAGCCCUUCAUGCUCUUUUUGACUGCUCUACCCAGAAGUGUAGUGGACAAUUGAGCCAAGGACUAUCAGAUAUUUCUUUAAAUAAUAGUUUCCAUGAAAAUAAAAGCACCUUGGAGGAGGAACGCCUUCCUGAGCAAAUUAGAAAAAAUACUCCAUGUGCAUUGGGAAGCGUGAACCAGACUCUUCCAAAAUCUGAUACUCACACACUGACCAAAAAAAAUCCUUCUUUGAAGCCUCAGUUGGGGGUUUCCAGUAAGCUUGAUGGAGCAGUUAAUGACUUUGAUGACUGGGAUACAGACUUUUUGGCAGAUGACUCUUUUGUGAUGCAAAUAACCCAAAAUCCUGAAUUGAUUAGUACUGAAGAAGCACCACCAAUUCCUAUAAAUCCAUCUGUGAGUGGUUUCAGUGAUGCUGGCAGAACUAACGGAAGAAGUAGCUGCAGUUCAGAUACUUGCUUGGGGAGUGUACACAAGUCUAACAGUUUGCAGUUUUCACCUUUGAAACAUCCUAGUAAAAACACACAAAAUGCUGUAAAAUCUCUUCCUUUACAAAAGCCAUAUAAAACACAAAACUCGAAGACAGAGACCAUACCCUUUCAUGGCAAAAGUGACAUUAAACCAGAUAAAAUAAAUCCUGCUUGGAAAAAUGUCCAAAAUAGUGGUUUGAACUAUAUUCCUGUUUCAUUGCGAUCUGAAGUGAAGAAUGGAAAUGAAACUAUCCAGCCUAAAAGUUCCCCUCUUCCUGUUUUUCCUUCAAGAUGUAAUCCUUACACACAAUGGUCUGGAAAACCUGGGAAUAACACACACAGUAUUUUCUGUGAAUCAUCCAGUGUUUCUACAAAUACGAAACCUAAGGAUCUAGCUAAAGUGGUUAACCAAGCUAAUGCAGGUCACUUAAAUCAAGUUGAAAUACCAAAGAAGUGUCCUAUAUCAUUUGAUGACUGGAAUGAACCAAAAUUCUCUGAUGAGAUACUAGAUAUGUUUUGUGAAUCCAGUAGUCUUUGGGAUGCAAACUGUGCGGAUGAUGAAUUGCUGUAUCAGGUGUGUGAUGAUAUAGAAAAGCAGACUCAGAGCCAAGAUGUUAAACAAGGAAAUGAAAGAGCUAAACCUAUACAAGGAUCCAGUAUUAAUUCCAGAUCAAAUAUUGAUAACAGCUUCCCAGCAUCUAAACAAGGACUACCUGAUCUCUUGGCACAAAAACCAAAUGCAAAACGGGAUGCUUUCUCACUAAACGACUCCUGUAGGAAUUUGUCAAAGGUUCCACAUGGGCUGGCCACAACAGGUCACAUAGUGAAUUGUAAAAAUGUCUCAAGUCCUCAAACUGUGGUCUUGGGUACUUCCACGGAAUGUAAAUACACACUGUCUAAAAGCUGUCAUCAGGCUGCUUCUGAAGAUGCUACAAAGACUGUUGCAGGAAAAUGGUACAGGUCAAAUUCUGUGCUGGCAGGAGAGACUGGUUCUGAAGUAAGUCCUGUUAAUGCAGUAAACAUUUUUGGUAGCAAAACACUAGACAGCCCAGAUCUUUUGUAUAAUAUGGGGAAGAUGCCCAAUAAUAGUUCUAGUAACAAAACAUCACUUAUGCCUUCAAAGUUUAAGUUCCGAAAGACUAACAAUUUUCAGGGUGCUCUUCAUGUAGGGUCUGAAAAUCCAGGGUGUCAUUCUGGCAUUGGAAUUACUCUGCAGGGUUUGGAAGGAAGCAAGAAUCAGGUGAAUGUGACUUUGCACAGCAAGCUUGACAGUAAGAAAUCACCUUUCAAGAGGCACCUUUCAGAGUCUUCAGCACUGCCAACAUCAGUGUCUGUGGUGGAACAAAAAAAUAGAAAAUGUUCUCAAGAGGAGAUUGAAAGAAAAAAGCAGGAAGCUCUUGCACGAAGAAAAUCCAGAAUGCAGGCAUACGUUAAAGAUGCCUGA